AUGAUUUUAAAGUUAGUGAAAAUAUUAAAAGAAUCGUUUAUAAAAACAAUUGCCAGUUAUUAUGUUGAAAAUGAAAUGACUAAAGAUGAAGCAAGAGCUAUUUUAAACUCUAAUAAUGACGAAAAUGAUUUAGAAGAUAAUUUUAAUAGACUUUAUACAAUCAAUUACAAAUCUAAAUAUUUACAAAAAAUCAUUAAAAAUGCACAUAAUCUGAUAAAAGAAUAA